AUGGAGAAGGCCCAGCGCCCGGAGCCACCAGAAGGUGACUGCUGGGGUCGGGGGACUGAGGCUAUUGUCGCCUUGCUGAAGACCCCUCCUAACCUGCGCGCCCGGGGUCCGUCGCCGACGGGGCGUUCUCGGGGUGCAUCCCGGAGUCUCAGCUGCAAGUCCUCGGGGCAAGCGGCCCAUGGAGUCGGGGCUGCUGCGGCCGGCGCCGGUGAGCGAGGUCAUCGUCUUGCAUUACAACUACACGGGCAAGCUUCGCGGCGCGCGCUACCAGCCGGGCGCCGGGCUGCGUGCCGACGCCGUCGUGUGCCUGGCGGUGUGCGCCCUCAUCGUGCUCGAGAACUUGGCGGUGCUCUUCGUGCUGGGGCGCCACCCGCGCUUCCACGCGCCCAUGUUCCUGCUCCUUGGCAGCCUGACGCUGUCCGACCUGCUGGCGGGCGCGGCUUAUGCCGCCAACAUCCUGCUGUCGGGGCCCCUCACGCUGCGCCUGUCGCCCGCGCUCUGGUUCGCCCGUGAAGGUGGCGUCUUCGUGGCGCUCGCCGCGUCCGUGCUGAGCCUCCUGGCCAUCGCGCUCGAGCGCCGCCUCACCAUGGCCCGCCGAGGACCCGCGCCCGCCGCGCGUCGGGGCCGCUCGCUGGCCAUGGCGGCCGCCGCCUGGGGCGUGUCGCUGCUGCUCGGACUGCUGCCGGCGCUCGGCUGGAAUUGUCUGGGCCGCCUGGACACCUGCUCCACCGUCCUGCCGCUCUACGCCAAGGCCUACGUGCUCUUCUGCGUGCUCGCCUUCCUCGGCAUCCUGGCCGCCAUCUGCGCGCUCUACGCGCACAUCUACUGCCAGGUGCGCGCCAACGCGCGGCGCCUUCGGGGACGCCCGGGUGCCGCGAGGGGCGCCCCGGGCCGCGCACGCCGCACGCCGCGCUCGCUGGCGCUGUUGCGCACGCUCAGCGUGGUGCUCCUGGCCUUCGUGGCGUGCUGGGGCCCCCUCUUCCUGCUGCUCUUGCUCGACGUGGCGUGCCCCGCGCGCGCCUGCCCCGUGCUCUUGCAGGCCGACCCCUUCCUGGGCCUGGCCAUGGCCAACUCGCUCCUGAACCCCAUCAUUUACACGCUCACCAACCGCGACCUGCGCUUCGCUCUCUUGCGCCUGGUCUGCUGCGGCCGCCGCCCCUGCCACAGAGGGCAGGACGCCUCCCAGGGCUCCGGGAGCCCCGCUGGGGCUUCGGAAGGCCUGAACCGCUGGCUGCCCCCUGGCUUGGAUGGCAGCUCCAGCCGCUCCGAGCGCUCGUCCCCGCAGCGGGACAGGCUGGACACGAGCGUCUCCGCUGGCGGCCCUGGGGCGCCCAUAACCGCCCGGACCCUGGUACCUGCACCGGCCGCCGACUGAUGCCCUUUGGCCUGCCGUUACCCUCCCUAAGGGCCGUUUGGCAGACUUUUUCUUUUUAAAUAAGGAAUUGAUAGGAAAAGCAGCUGAAGAUGGUGGCGGCAGAAGAGACAAAG